AUGGAUGCUUCAAUUCACGCUACAGAUAAUGCAAUGGGCUUAGCUUGGGUGUUACGAGAUCAUACAGAGUUUUUUUUUGCUGCAAAAAACUUGCAUUUAGAUGGUGUAUAUACAGUUAAUGAAGCGGAGGCAAUCGCCAUGAGAGAAACACUAAGCUGGUUGAAGAACACAGGCAUGAGAGGGGUUGAUGUGGAAAUGGAUUCACAAUCAGUGUUUCAUGCGAUUUCUUACCCUUCUUUUUAUUCAGCUUUUGGGGUUUUGAUAGAUGAUGUAAAAGAAAUGGCGUCCUUGAUUCAUGAUGUGCAAUUCUAUUUUGUAAAACGACCUGCGAACUGUGCCGCCCACACUCUUGCUAGGGAGGCCUGUUCUGUGUCAGGUUAUGGGGAGUGGUUUGACACUCCACCAGCUCUUCUUGUGAGCUGCCUCUUUCGAGAUUUAAUGAAUUAA